AUGGUCAAAGAAGGAGUUGAAUUAACUGAGCCUCUUCUCCCAAAAUCAGGGAGAAUUGAAGGAGGGUCAUUUAAAGAAGACUACCAGUAUAUUUUCAUCUUCCCAAACCAUUUUUCCAGAGAUGAAGCAGUGUUCAAACCACUCAACCAAAAAAUAAGUAUUAGCAGAUGUAAAGAAAUUUUUACAACUACUUUCAAAAUUAGUGAAGAAGAAGGAAAGCAAGAAAGCCUAGAAAUGAACCUUAAAAAAGAAGCUAGUCAGCAUGCUGCACACCGCCAUGGCUGGAUCAGUGAGAUGUGGAGAGGUUUCGCUAAUUCCCAUCUUUAUUUUUUAUAUAAAAAUCUAAAUAAUAUUAAAUUAUUUCUAAAAAAUAAAUAAUUUACUCGAGAAAUUAAGGAAAAUGCUGGGGAAGUUGAAUUCCGAAAAUUCCUGAACUUAGUUAUAACUUGCGUCCUUAGAGUGAUGCAGGAAGAUCUCAAACUAGAUCUAAAGCUUUUCUUUUCCAGAGACGAAGACGAAAUUUUUUGUAAGAUCCGCGCCAGUGAACACAAUUUUAAAGUCCAAGCCGAUUUGAUGGACUAUCAUUUACAACUCAAAAGACCUGAAGGCGCAGUCAAAUCAGGCUACAGCCUCAUAUGUCCUUAUGGCAGAUUCGAAAAAAAUAAAGACGAAGACCAACAAAAAUCAGGCCCAGUUCUCCAAAAAAAGGUCAUAAAAGAUGUAGAAAGCAACUACAAGAAAUAUGGACUGGACGAAAGACAGGAUAAAAACGGAAAUGGGAUGACUAUGUUUAAGUAUAAAGACAAGGUAAAAAUUCUCCUUGCAAUGAUUUCUUCAGUUAUUGAUAUAGGCGAACUUCUAGACAAUGAAAUCUUGAUAAACCAUUAUUCUCUGCAUAAUGAAGAGCAGCUGACUUGGCUUAAAAACAACUGGGGAUCUUUUGGAAUGUUUUGGAAGCCUCAGCCAUUAAGAAAAAUAAGAAAUUACUAUGGAGAAAAAAUCGCUAUGUACUUUGCAUGGCUGCAAUAUUAUGUCGCGUGGCUUGUUGCACCUGCUUUAGUUGGGCUCUUAACGUUUAUAGUUCAGCUUAUAAAGGAUGAUCUUGAUGAUAAUGAUCCUAAAAUGACCCUUUCUGAAGUAUCAUUAUUGAUAUUUUCACUCGUUUUAGCAUUAGGAUCAACAAUGCUAGACCAGCUUUGGAGUAGACGGCAAAACGAACUUUCUUGGAUGUGGGGAACAACCGAUAUCCAAGAAGUAGAACAGCAAAGACCUACUUAUAAGGGAAAAUAUGGGGUUGACCCGGUAACAGGCCGCAAAAAGAAAAUUUCUCAAAAAUCCAUAUGGGAAUCAAUCAAGCGAAAUAUCAGCAUGUCUGUUGUUUUUAUUUGUAUUGCCAGUGCUAUUGUAGCUGUAGUUGGUGUUAUGCUUUACCGCAAUGUUUAUGCUGAUUACUCAUGGGGUCCUCUUUCCUGCGCCGUCAUAAAUGCAAUUCAAAUAAGAAUCCUAAACUUGAUUUAUCGAAAAAUUGCCAAGUUUUUCACUGAAUGGGAAAACUAUGAGUAUGAUACUGAGUACAAUGAUGCAUUAUGUAUAAAACUUUAUUUAUUCCAAUUUGUCAAUAGUUAUGCUUCUUUAUUCUAUUUAGGGUUCAUUAAAUGCUAUGGAGACGAAGACAAUUCUGUGUGCUUAGAUGAACUCUCAUUGCAGCUUCAAGUUAUCUUUAUAUUUAAUGUGAUUUGCAAUUUCUUCGAGCUAAGUUAUUUAGUAUGCGCAAUAAGAGGGAACCCCCUGAUUAUCGCCUUGUUUGAUUCCAAAAAAACUCAAUGCACCUAGAGUUUAAAUGAGGAAAAUGCUAGGCUGCAAUUUUGGAUUUCCGCUCGUCCUAAAGAUGAAUUCUCACUCCCCCCCACUUUAAAUUGGAACUAAAAUUUUUGUUCCAAUUUAAAGGGGGUUAAUAUGUUUUUUUAAAACAAAAUAUCAAUAUAAAAUUUUUUAAAAAAAUAUAAAAAAUUUAAAAAAAAAAAAAUUUCAAAAACUUAUCGAAUUAGAUCAAUAAAUUUGUUUAAUAAAACGCUAUUUACUCUUUAUCCUUUAAAGCAAAGCAAGAUAUAACUAAUUUUCAUUAUUAGUUAAUACGCCACUAUUAAUUGGUAUCAAAAUUAUAUUUACACAAAAAUUUUUAUUUUUAUUGAUAAAAAAAAUUAAAAAAAAAAAAUUUGGAAAAUUUAUCGAUCAAAGUGCUAAUUUUGUUUAAAUAAAGAUGUUAUUUAUACUCUAUUCUUUAAAAUAAAGCAAGAAAUAAGUAAAUUUUGAAAUUUUAUAAAGAAUUCCUAUUGAAUUUAUAUCAAAACUAUCCAAAUAAAAAAUAUCAUUUUUAUCAAAAAAAACAAAAAUUUUUUUUGAAAAUUUUUAAAAAAAAAAAAUUAAUUUUUUUUAAAAUUUACCAAUUAAGGAUAAUAAAUUUUAUUUAAAUAAGAUGCUCUUUAUACUUUUUUCUUUAAAAACGAGCAAGAUAUAAAUAAAUUUUUAAUUUUAGUUAAGAAGAAACAUUUAACUUAUAUCAAAACUUUUUAGAUACAAAUUUAUAUAUAAUUUUUUAUUAUAUAAAUUAAAUUUUGUUCCAAUUUAAAGGGGGGUUAAUUUACCAAAAAAGUGGAAAUUUUACCGAUAUUUUGUUCCAAUUUAAAGGGGGGGGGAGUCAGGAAGAGCCACUCUCUGGAAGUUCCCUCGAUAGUCUCGAUAAGGAAAGAUUAGCCUGUCUAUGAAGGAAAAGGAAAACCUCUCUGGAGGAAAAUAAAACUUCCUCAUUCGGCAGGCAUCUCCAAAGGCGUACUAAAAAGCAACAUAUCACACAAAUUCAGGGAUAGAUCAUACCUACUCCAUAUUGAGUUCGUAUCUGAGUCCAUCUUCGUCAGCGUCUCCAUUUUAUUUCUUCUUUGAGCUAGGAAUUCCAUAUUGUGCUAAUGCCUGCAGAGAUCGAGCUGAAAAGAAACAUUUAAAAACAAUGGCUGAGUAUGGCCAUAAAGGAAGAAAGUCAAUGACGUACACAGAAAAACAAGCAGGCUUGUCAGAGUAUGAAACACCGCUUGACGAUUAUAUGGAGCUUAUUAUCGAUUAUGGCUAUGUCGUCAUGUUUUCAGCUGCAUACCCUAUUGUUCCAUUAAUAGCACUUAUAGUAAAUGUCAUUGAAGUCAGAGUAGACGCAUUUAAAUUAUGCCAUUUAAUGAAAAGACCGUACCCUACCCCUGCAAACUCUAUUGGUGAAUGAGAGUCAAUCAUAAGGACCAUUUCUGUUAUUGGCGCUUUAACUAAUACUUCUAUUAUUGUUUUCACUGCAAAUAUAUUUGAUUUAACUGAUUUUGCAACGAAAUGGGCUUAUUUUAUGGUUCUUGAGCAUGUACUUUUAGUGUUUAAGUUCUUAAUCAGCAGGCAGGUUCCUGAUAUUCCUAAUGAUGUGAAGAAAGGGAUUAUAUGGAGCAAUAGGAUCGCAGAUGAAAAAAUCUAUGGGAAGAGCACUGAUGUAGAUCAACAAAGGGUAUUAAGGAAUUUAAACUUUAGACCAAGCCCGAAUGCGUCUAAAGAGAAAGCUAUUUUAGAUCCAGAAAAAAUUGCAACCUCGGAUUAG